AUGCCCUUCGGCCUCAAGAACGCUAGGGCUACGUAUCAACGUCUUGUGAAAAGCAUCUUUGCCCCACUAAUUGGUAACACCAUGGAGGUUUAUGUUGAUGACAUGCUAGUUAAAAGCUGCACUACUGCCCAGCACAUCUCUAACCUAUUUACUAUGUUUGCCAUCCUCAAGCAGUAUAAAAUGAGGCUCAACCCCAUGAAGUGUGCCUUCGGCGUAACUUCAGGGAAAUUCCUUGGCUUUAUGAUCAGCCAACGAGGUAUUGAAGCUAACCCAGAAAAGAUUAAGGCCAUUUUAGACAUGACAGUACCCAAGACGGUCAAGGACAUCUAG